UGCAUCAAACUCUCUCAACUCUUGGACUGUCUUAUUAACUCAAGAAUGUCGCUGUCUCUGGGAAUCACGUCUCGACAAAAGCAUCAUUUGCUGUGGCUGAUGGUCAUCUGUUGUGGUACAUGCCAGAUAACCUGCUCAAAAAUUAUGAUAAUCGGCGAGGAUUUGACAGAUACGUGUUUCUGGAGCUUCAACAGUUCAUCCUGUCCAGCUAUAAACCUGACAUGUCCACCGGGAUAUGAAAUACUGAUAGGAAAGUUUUGCAUAGCGAAUAUCAAAUACAACACAUCUUCCACAGGAUAUUGCAAAUCAUACUGUUUCAACAUAACAAACAAUGAGGGCAAAUAUGAAGUAAGAAUGGAUGAGAUGGCUCUAAACAUUGAAAUGUGGUUUGUCCCAAAUCCAUAUAAAUGCCUUACAUCAGAAGUUCUGAAAUCAACAGGAUCCACAUCCAAUCAUAUUGGGACUUGUCGGCCACAGUCAAGCACAAACACUACCAACCCUACCACCACCACGACUGAAUCUACCAUUACUACCCCAGCUAGCAACCCUACCACCACCACCAUGACUGAAUCUACCAUUACUACCCCAACUAGCAACCCUACCACCACCACCACGACUGAAUCUACCAUUACUACCCCAACUAGCAACCCUACCACCACCACCACGACUGAAUCUACCAUUACUACCCCAGCUAGCAACCCUACCACCACCACCACGACUGAAUCUACCAUUACUACCCCAGCUAACAACCCUACCACCACCACCACGACUGAAUCUACCAUUACUACCCCAACUAGCAACCCUACAACCACCACCACGACUGAAUCUACCAUCACUACCCCAGCUAGCAACCCUACCACCACCACCAUGACUGAAUCUACCAUUACUACCCCAGCUAGCAACCCUACCACCACCACCAUGACUGAAUCUACCAUUACUACCCCAGCUAGCAACCCUACCACCACCACCACGACUGAAUCUACCAUUACUACCCCAGCUAGCAACCCUACCACCACCACCAUGACUGAAUCUACCAUUACUACCCCAGCUAGCAACCCUACCACCACCACCAUGACUGAAUCUACCAUUACUACCCCAGCUAGCAACCCUACCACCACCACCACGACUGAAUCUACCAUUACUACCCCAACUAGCAACCCUACAACCACCUCCACGACUGAAUCUACCAUCACUACUACCAGCCCUAUCAUCAACACCAUCUCUACUAACAACUCGACCACCACCACAACUGAAUCUACCACUUUCACCAGUACUAACAACCUUACCAAUAGCUCUACCACACCCACCAACACCUACAAUCCCAAUUAUACAAAUCCAUACGAAGGUUGUUUGAAAAACCUUUCUGUUGAUCCUGAAAAGAUAUGUAAAUACGCUACAUAUGAAAAUGACACAUGCUGUGGGAAAAAUGAAAGCAGAUAUGUUAUGCAUUUAAAUGGGAGUAAGUGGACAUGUGUGACCUGCGAUGAUGGAAGAUCAACCACCAUUACACCACUGUCACAAACCAUUACCAUUUUCCCAACUACCAUGCCCACUCUCCCACAACCGGAGAUGAAUUUCACUCUUUCAAGUGGCCAAAACAAUGGAGAUAAAACUGAUCCCAAAAAGGCAGCAGAAAGCUUGGAAAAACUGGAGUCACUGGUGGAGCAGAUGGAGAAAAGGAAUAAAACCAAUGCAGCAAUUUUCAUGGGGGAUGUAAUUGGCGUUCUCCAAAGACAACCCAAGAACACAGCAACCAAAAACAUCAGCAUAUGCUACUCUUCAAGUCAGAAUUUAAUAAACGUUGUUGAGAGCAACCAGGCUGGUUUUCCCUGGUCUGUAAAGAUUCCCAGUGAGGCCUUUAAUAAAUCACGACAGGAAAACAAUGGAAGUGCAUUUGUUGGAGUUUUACGGUUCAAAAACAUGGUAAAAAAUGCCUGCGCUAUUGUUUCACUUUCAUUUUGA